CCAAGUCUCCAUGGUAGUCGACAUUUUCUAUGUUUAUUUAUUGAUCUGUGCAGAAAAUUCAUCAAAUCCUGUAAUAUUCGUUUUUAUUUCGGCUAAAUAUUGAACGAGGGUGGAGUUAAUGCUUCUUGAUGGCUUAAAAAAUCUUCUUCGUGUGAUAAAUCGGUGUUGAAAGAGGAAAGUUCGAUCUUCAAACAUUCAACUUUGCAAAUCCAUCCGCCAUCAUGAGUGAACAACUAAAAUAUAUUGUGGAUGAGCUGAACAAGGAACCUUUCAAGAAGAACUAUAACCUCAUAAGCUUUGAUUCUCUGCAGCCACUACAGUUGCUUCAAGUACUGAAUGAUGUUUUUGCUGAAAUAAAUCCCCAGCACAAAAUUGAUCUUCGAGAUGAAGAGCCAGAACAAAUGGCAAAAAGAAUGUUCACAUUUUUGAGAAUCUUGAAAUUCAAGCCAAAAACAGAGUCUGGAAGCUUGAAUGCCUUUCGUAAUGGGCUCAUUCAAGGUGACAAGUUGGUUAUUUACCCCAUUCUUCAAUGGCUCUUUGAAAAUCUGGUAGAAUUGAAGACCAGAGCUUAUCUUGCGAGAUAUUUGGUAAAGUUAGAGAUUCCUCCAGACCAACUGGCAGAUCAAGAGUUAAAUGAGCUAAAUGAGAAUUAUUUAGAACUGAUGGAACAGUUCAAAGAUCUCCACAAGACAGUUGAUCAACUCAGGACAUCUGGUCUAUCAACUGGGGAAAUAAAAAAGGACAUAGUAAACAUGGAAGAUGAAAAAGAACAACUGCAGAAGAGAAUUGACAGAAUGCAAAAAAAGGUGGAGAAUGUGCGGAACUAUGACAAGAUGUUACUUGCUGCACGGAAUUUGCGAGUUGAGAGAGAAAAGGAACACUCACUUGGUCAACAGAAGUUGGAGCAGAAGAACCAGUAUCUGCACUCAGACCAACGUUAUCAGCGUAUGCAACAACAGUUAAAAGAUAUGAGGACUCAGGGUGUUGGCACAACUGGGGCAGAUCUGAUUAAGAGACUAGAAGAGGAGAACAAAGUUAAUGCUUAUCUCUGCCAAGAAAAACUUCCCAAGGAAUUGGAAGGAAAAAAGAAGUAUGCUCAGGAUUUACAAAAAGUGGCAGACGAACCAGCUAUGGGUCAGGCUGAUUUGGAUGAACUCAACAAAAGGAUUAAACAACUCUCAGCAGAAAUUAACACACUGAUUGAAAAGAGAAUGGUGAGGAAUGAUCCUAUUGAUGACAAGUUGUCUCUCUUCAGGCAGCAAGCUUCAAUUAUUGGACGAAAGAAAGAGGCUGUUGCUGAAAAGCUUCAAGAAGCCAUGGAUGAGCUGAGUAAUGCAGAAAGUGAUUUGCAGAAGAAGAAGGAGUUAUUGAAAGAAAGUGAAGGAUCAGAAGUGUUGAAAGGAGAUGAGUUCAAAAGAUAUGUGAACAAGCUGAGAGGGAAAAGCACAGUUUAUAAAAAGAAAAGACAAGAGUUGGCAGAACUUCGUGCAGAGUAUGGGGUGUUAGCUAGGACAGAAGAAAUACUGAAAGGCAAGGAUGAGACAUUUCAACAUCAAUUGUCUAAUUUAGAGAACAAGAAGGGUGUGACAGGUUUCCAUGAAACUCAAGAGGAAUUGGAAAAAGUUUCUGCCAAGAAAAGUGAGCUGGAUGAACAGAAAGGGAAAACGCUGGAGGACAUAUCUGAACUGGUUCGACAGUUAAAUGCCACAAUUGCAGACAAGAAGACUGCUCUGGCACCAGUUAUUAAAGAAUUGAGACCAAUGAGGCAGAAAUGUCAGGAGAUGACCGGCGAAUACGAAGAAAAGAGGGCAGCGUAUGAGAAUUUAGCUGCAGGACUGGAAAGUAAUCUGUCUAAACUUGAGCACGAGGUGCGAGCCCUGCGCGAGGAAUUGACCCACGAGGAAGGACGUUAUCACUAUUUACAUUGCAUGUUGAAGGUACUCGAAGUGCAACAGAGGCGAAUCGAUGACGAACUGAAGGCUUACCGUUCGGCGGAUACUGCAGAUCGCAAGAAAUCUUUCAGGGAUCAGUUUACUAAGAAGAUUCAAGAGCAAGAAAACUUGGGAAAGAGUCUUCGUGAUAAACAGAAAUCUGUCCGAGAGAGCCAGGCACCGAAUAUGAAACAGAUGAAGAUGUGGAGUGACCUUGCAAAGCUGUUGGAGUGCAAACGAAAUUGUAUGUUAAAACAACAGCAGGAGAGUCAAAAUGGCGGCGUAAACCAGCAGGGCCUGGAUGGAGAAAACGUGUUGGUUCUCUAGGAAGCAGAGAAGUUUGGCUGCUCCUCGCUUUUCAUCACAAGAAAAAAAACCUUCUUUUAUUGUUUUUUUUCAACUCCGCUACUCUUUGAAGACGUCAACCUGUAAAUUUGUAAAUUUAUCUAUCAUUUCAUAUGCGUUGCCCGAAGGAUCUGCCCCGGUGCCCUUUCAUCCUAGGGGUACCCCUAGGGAUUCAUCUACCAUAGAGGAACAAGACUACUUCCCUUCAGAAUCCUUAUACGUUUGGUCAUGAUAACGGAAGAGAAAAGGAGAGUUUUGUUGAGAAAUUUCACAUAACUCUUCUCUUGAACAACCUUAAUAUUUCCUUAAUCUACCGGUCGACCCUUCAAACUCCGUUUUGGCAAUAUCCAAACAUUGCAUUGUAUCAAAUCUUUGACUUACUUAGUGUUACAUGUGGAAAGUUACCCCUCUCAAGCGGGGCAUCUUUGUAUGGUCCAUCACUUACAGGAAAAAUUCGACAUCCUUCCUACAUGACAUGUAUGUUUAGCCGCAUGGCAUAUAUAUGAAGUUAUUUAAU